AAUUGAGUGUUCCCUCAUUAAUCCGCAGUGUUAGCUCGAACGACAGCAUCUUCGGCAUCAUGCUCGGGCAUUGCACAAAUGGUAGAAAGUUCAUGGUACGGCCGUAUAGGUGUUCAAUCGACAAUUUCAACCCGAUACAGGCUGUAAACGUAUGAAGAUCGGAGGAAGACGUUGUUAGAAGGACGUUUGCAGUGGACUGUGUAAAGGAGGGAGUACCUUGCUUCGUAUCUCGUAUUGUCAGUAAAACAAUCUGGUUUGCUUUAUGGAUAGCUUAUCUCCCCCUUGUCGAUCCCUCCCAGAAUGUAACAAGUCAUGCAAAAUUCUGGGCUCAACGGAUUGUAUCUCCAUCAAAGCAAAGAUGCGAAUUGCGAACUCACAAGCGUUGAUUGCGCAAUUUGCAUGGAUGUUGACCAGUACGAAUGAGCCCGUCGAUGAAGAUCCCGGCUUUGGAUCCCGUGAUAUAUCGAAACCUGACUUGACAAAUACGCAUUGCUGAGUAGCGCCACCGAUUCUAUUGUGCUGUUGACUGUGUCUCCAGAAGAGGAUUGCACGGUUUUGUGGAUGG